AUGAAGAAUUUAUCUGUUUUUGACGCUGAUGAUUGUGGAUUUAGUCCUAUUGUUCCUUCAAACAAAUACUAUGUCAUCAAUCAGUUCUUCGCAUGUGCAGUCUAUGGCCUACUGUUUAUUCCUACAGUACUUCUAAAUAGUAUUUCCAUAUUUACUAUAUUAAAAUGUUCUCAACUGAAUGAAAAAGUUAGCUACUUUACCAUUCUAAUUCAAUCAGCAGUUGACUUAAUCACAGGUGUGGUAACCUUGCCCAUACUAACGGCCUACGUUCUACUCAAAGACGUUAUUCGAGUUGAAAAUAAGAUUAUAUGCUGGCUUAAUUAUACGUUUGGCUACUUCCCACCUGGCCUGUCCUUAUUGACGUUAUGUGCAUUAAGCUUUGAGAGAUAUAUGGGCGUUUUACAUCCUUUUAUUCAUCGGACUCAAGUGACCAAAAAACGAAUUAUGAUAUAUGAAUGUUGUACAGGAUUGCCACUUCUCGUUUACGUUCUUAGCCAGCCCAUAAACAGCACAGAAACAG